AUGAACAAGUUUGGUCCCCCAGUCGACAGGUCCAUGAAGGUCCUCAACAAGGCGUUCUUCCAGAAGGACGUUCCGCUCUUGGUGGCGUGUUUCCCCGAGCCCAAAUACCUUGGCCAAUUUGUCAAGCAGUGCAAGGACGACAUCUUGUACAAACCGGCCAUAAAACACAUCGUCACCGUCGACAACGUCAGGGGCGUAUUGUUGAGAGAAGACAUCGACGACUUGGCCACCUACAAGGAUAAGCUUUCCCCUGAAGCUGUGCAGAGGAUCGACGAGUACAAGGUGGAAAUCAAGCCCUACACCAUGAAGCUCGACUAUUCGUUCUGGAAAACAGACGACAUCUUGAGAUCGGUUUUGCCAGAGGAUCUCUUGGAAGAGAUCCCUGGAGGGUUUGCCCAGGCUGGUCAUGUGGCUCACUUGAACUUGAGAGAGGAGUUCAAGCCAUACGGUCCUUUGAUAGGACAGGUUAUUUUGGACAAGAACACCAAGAUUGAGACAGUGGUUGACAAGGUCGACUCGAUCGGAAACAAGUUCAGAACCUUCAAGAUGAACAUUUUGGCCGGCAAGGACGAUUUUCUCGUGGAGCAGAGUGAAAGUGGAUGCAAGUUCAGGUUUGAUUUCAGCAAGGUAUACUGGAACUCCAGAUUGAGCACCGAGCAUGAAAGAUUGAUCAACCAUUUCAAGCCUCAAGAAGUAGUGGGUGAUGUGUUUGCUGGUGUCGGUCCUUUUGCUGUACCUGCGGGCAAAAAGAACGUUUUGGUGUUAGCCAACGACCUCAACCCAGAGUCUUACAAAUACUUACAGGAGAACAUCAAAAUAAACCAUGUCAGCGAAUUCGUGAAACCAUUCAACUUGGAUGGCAGAGAUUUCAUUAGACAGUCCCCCAGACUAUUGCUUGACUGGUCGAAUAGCGCAAAGGUAAUUGAACAAACCAAGGUGACCAAAAGAAGAAAGAUAGACCCUACCACGAACGAAAAGAUUGUGGUGAAGGAUGAAAAAACUACAAAGGUAAGCAUACCCAAAUUCUUCAAUAACUAUGCCAUGAACUUGCCUGAUUCUGCAUUGACCUUUUUGGAUGAGUUCGUGGGUCUUUAUUCCCGUGAUCCUGAAGUGGCCAAGGUUGUCAAGGAAUCCCCCGAUUUCGUGUUGCCUACCAUCCAUGUUCAUUGUUUUGAGAAGUACUCCCCACAAGAACAACCAGAGCCUUCAUUGGAAGAUCUCCACGCCAGAGUCCUUGAAAAGAUUAAUAAGUUGAUUGGGUACGAAUUGAAUAUCAAAGAUGCCCAAUUCCAUUUGGUUCGUAGGGUUGCGCCUACCAAGCCUAUGUUCUGUGUCUCCUUCCAGUUACCGGAGGAAGUUGCUUUCAGAACAGUAGAAAAUUAA